UUUUCAGUCUUACACCUCCACUAACAAUAAAAAAAAAUGAUCACUCCAAAACCCAAAAUCCCAAAAACCAAAAAUGGCAGAAAAUCUCUUCCACAGCAAAUGGGCAUCGACGGCGGCGAGCAUAUGGAUCCAGUGCACGAGCGGCUCCCUCUACACCUUCUCCAUCUACUCCGACUCUCUCAAGGCCUCCCAGCGCUACGACCAGUCCACUCUCGACGCCGUCUCCGUCUUCAAGGACGUCGGCGCCAACUGCGGCCUCCUUGCGGGCCUCCUCUACUCCUCCUCCGCCGCCGGUGGGCCCCGGGCGGUGCUCCUCGCCGGGGCGGUCCAGUGCUUCUUGGGCUAUUUCCUCAUGUGGGCCGCCGUCGCCGGCCUUCUUCCCCGGCCCCUCCCCGUGCCGGCCGUCUGCCUCUUCAUGUUCGUGGCGGCCCACGCCCAGACCUUCUUCAACACUGCUAAUGUCGUCACUGGUGUCAGGAACUUCCCUCGUUAUAGUGGGACCAUUGUUGGUAUCAUGAAGGGAUUUCUUGGCCUGAGUGGAGCAAUUUUAGUUCAAGUAUAUGAAACAUUUUUAUACAACAAGCCCACCUCAUUUCUUCUCAUGCUAGCAUUGUUGCCAACCGUUAAUACCUUGUUGCUCACGUGUUUUGUGAGGAUCCAUAACACGAGUGAAGGAGCUGAGAAGGAGCAUCUCAAUAGUUUGUCACUGGUUGCUAUACUUGUUGCUGCUUAUCUUAUGGUUAUUAUAAUAAUUGAGCAUGUUGUUACAUUGCGAUUAAUAGUUCGUGCCUUUGCGUUUGUUGUACUCAUCUUGUUGCUUGGCUCACCUCUUUGCAUUGCAAUUGGAGCUUGGAAAAGGGAGUCUGAUAGGAUCUCACAUACUUUGUGUACCGAGGAGGAAUCACUAAUUAUCGAACCGAAACAACGGGGUAGUGAAAAGAUUCUAGCAAGACAAGAUUCUGACCAAGAGAUGGAUACCAAUGAUAACAGGACAUUGCAAUCAGGAGAAAACUUGAAUCUUCUUCAAGCAAUGCGUGUUAUGGACUUCUGGAUCUUGUUCCUUGCCAUGGCAUGCGGUAUGGGAUCGGGUCUUGCCACAGUGAAUAACAUCAGCCAGAUAGGAGGUUCACUCAAUUACACGAGCUCUGAAAUAGGCUCGUUGGUUUCAUUAUGGAGCAUUUGGAAUUUUCUUGGCCGUUUCGGAGCUGGAUACGCGUCGGAUUACGCCCUGCACGCAAAAGGAUGGGCGAGGCCAUUGUUCAUGGUCAUCACUUUAGCAGGCAUGAGUUUAGGUCAUUUAGUGAUAGCGUCCGGUGUGCCCGGUGCCCUAUAUGUUGGUUCAAUACUGUUGGGUGUUUGUUAUGGUUCUCAGUGGUCUUUGAUGCCCACAAUAACUUCUGAGAUAUUUGGUGUGGCUCAUAUGGGCACCAUAUUUAACACAAUCACCAUAGCAAGCCCUGUUGGCUCUUACAUCUUCUCUGUGAGAGUUAUUGGGUAUAUAUAUGACAAAGAAGCGUCAGGUGAAGGAAAUAUAUGUGUUGGAAAGCACUGUUUUGUAUUGUCGUUUCUUAUUAUGGCAUCAGCUACCCUUUUCGGGUCUCUUGCUGCAUUGAGCUUGUUCUUCCGGACAAGAAAUUUCUAUAAUCAGGUUGUACACAGAAGAUUGCUGCAUUCUGUCAGAGAGUUAUAGAGGUAAAUUAUAGACUGAACGUGUUGGCAAAACCGACAGAACCUGAUAAAGACCUAACAGUUCAAAACAACGUCCUAUCAGUAGGGUAUUACCGCACCAUAGAAUUCUCGUUGAUGUAUAUACUUCUACACGUUAAAAAGUUUCUUAUUUAUACGCCUUACCUUGUAUUGUUUUUUUAACUUGUAAAAAUGUAUUAUUUUUCCAUUGAGAGAGAACUGUUUGCAAGCUAGCAUAGCAUGAAAUACGAGCAGAAGCUAGCAUAGUAUAAAAUAAGAGCAGAAUACAGCAAU